AUCCUCCGACAUCACAACCACAACAAGCCACCAAACAAGCCCAACAUCAGACCACACCUACUACUGACUAUCCCCGCAUCCAUCACCAACAAACCACCACCUCCCCGCUCGAUUCUCAACCCAACCAAAUCACAAAUAACCCACCCACCCGCGCACAUUCAAGCAUGGCGCCCAUCCGCCGCUACCUCCGAAUCAGCAAAUACACGGUCCUCGAAAGUCGAAUCUACCUCGAGAACCCCUCCGAUAUCCGAUGGCUCCUGAAUGCGCGUGACGCCGUACUCCCACGCGUAUUCGCAGCGAUCCGGCCACUCGUGCUGCCCAAGUUACGUGAGGAGAAUGAGCGGUUGUUUGCGAAGAAGAAGGGGAAGCCGGUGAAGGAUGUUAUUUCUGAAGAGGAAUUCGAGGUUGCGCUGUUUUUGCGCGAGUCGAGGACGCGCCAUUCGCUUCUUACGAGGCAUAAGGAGUUUGGUGAGGAGGAGGAAGGGGGAUACGCUGUCAGGAGGGGGAUGGGAGGAGGUUCUGAUUCUGGGGCGGCUGGGGGUGGGAUCUUGAUUGAGAGUGAUGAGGAAGAGGGGUUGGAGAUGAGGGAUAUACCACAGGCGAGUGGUGGUGAUGAUGAUGAUGAUGAUGAUGAUAAUGCGGCUGGGGGGAAGCGCCAGCGGGAUGAUGCUGAUUGGCAGUCCGAUGAUUCGCCGCAGCGGCGGCGUACCUUGAAGAGGAGGAAGGAUGAUGGUACGCUAUCGCGAGAUGCUGAUGAUGGUGAUGACAAGAAGAUGCGCUUCAGGACCAAUUACGAGGGAUUCAAUAUCUACGGCUGGGUGCUGUGUCUGCUUGUCACGCGGAAAGGUGACAAAACAGGGACAAGAGCUGCACCGGCAGAACCUGGUCGUCAGGUCUUGAUGGAGGAAUGGAUAUCAAGCCAGGCUCAGGGCGAUCUGCCCGAAGAAUGAUUUCGAAGCUGCCUGCAAUACGUUACAGCAUUGCAAGACUUGCACACGCCGCGUGGGACGGGGAUGGCGCCUCGUCGUAGGAAGCGACCUGAUCGUUUGAUUUCUGCAUAACGCAUGGUAUCGUCCAACGGUCGCAUAUCAUGAAUUGCAGAAUGCUCGUGCGCGUGAUGCAGAUUGAAUGCUA